AUGGCCCCGGUACGGACGCUGUUUGUCAGUGGCCUUCCUGUGGAUAUCAAGCCCAGAGAGCUCUACCUACUAUUCCGACCAUUCAAGGGUUAUGAAGGGUCACUGAUCAAGCUAACUUCAAAGCAGCCAGUUGGUUUUGUGACCUUUGACAGCCGGGCUGGUGCUGAAGCAGCAAAGAACGCCUUGAAUGGCAUCCGCUUUGACCCAGAGAACCCCCAAACCUUGCGGUUAGAGUUUGCCAAAGCCAACACAAAGAUGGCCAAGAGCAAGCUGAUGGCCACGCCAAACCCCACCAAUAUCCACCCUGCCUUGGGUGCACACUUCAUUGCACGGGACCCCUAUGACCUGACUGGAGCGGCUCUUAUUCCAGCAUCCCCAGAGGCAUGGGCUCCCUACCCACUGUACACCACGGAGCUAACCCCUGCCAUCCCCCAUGCCGCCUUCACGUACCCAGCAGCCGCUGCCGCGGCCGCUGCUCUUCACGCUCAGAUGCGCUGGUAUCCUCCCUCUGAAGCUACCCAGCAAGGAUGGAAGUCUCGUCAGUUUUGUUAG